AAAGGCCAUGAUCAAUUGCACAGAGCAUCAGUACUGGGACGUACUCCUGUGCCAGUGCAUCCCCUGCAGAUUUGCAUGUAAUCGGCGCCGUGUGGAGAGAUGCACUGCCUUCUGCGCCUCAAUGGAAUGCAGCAAGCAAGUUGGCUUCUACUAUGACAAGCUUUUGACAAGCUGCAUCAACUGCUUGGACAUCUGUGGGCAGCACCCCAGCCAAUGUCUCCCGUUUUGUGAGAAUAAACCGGUAGCUACCUCAUCCGCAAUGUCUGCUGCGGAGCCAAAAGUAGGCUGUGAGCAAGACCAAUGCCUGGUUAUCUACCUACUGCUGGGGCUCUGUCUUUGCACCGUGAUCUGCUGUUUGCUGUUGGGCUGGGCCCACUUCAAAAGGAGGGGAAUGGAGGUCUCCUGCCAGCCCACUCCUGGGACCUGCCACACGAGGGAGGAUUCCUCAAAAGAUCACUUAGUGGAAGCGGGAAGCGUUGGAGGGGGAUCCACUGGAAGCAGAGUACCUGAGCCUGUGGAAACCUGUGGCUUCUGCUUCCCUGAACAAGGGCCUGCCAUGCAGGAGACCAAGGCAUGUCACAGUCCCUUCUAUCAUCCUGGAGCAAGGGCAGCUGCCUCUCAGACUGGGAUAUCCUGCAGAGGAAGUGCUGGGGUUAUCCCUGCCCCUGAGGAUGGCCAUUUCAAAAUCAUAUGUUCUCCAUCGCAAGAGAAGACCCUGACAACAUGAACUCAAUGAGCUACGCUGUGAUCAGGGGGAGAAGUAACACUCCCUGUACUAAUAAUCAUGCUGCUUGCAUUUGAUCCUUGCUCUUCAUCCUCAGUAAACAACUUACCUUACCUGUCAGUCACAAGAGAAGCAACCUUCUCACCAUAGAAACAGACUGUGGAUUGUCACUAUUUCGCUCUACUAUGGAAAUAAAAUUCUCACGAUUGUUAUGCACUCACCAUAAAGUCUCUUGUAUCCUUUCCAAUGUAGCACCACACACGACCUCUAACCUGACCUCUCCAGCUUCUUCUAAUACUCUAGCAUCAGCAGAACCAAAAAUUAAAUCAGGUUUUUCAAGCUGGCACCCGUCUUGCUGUUA